GAACAGUAACAGUGUUCCAGUAUUUAUUGCACUUUAUUGCUUCCUGGAUCAGUUAAAAGGAGUCACUGACAAAUUAACAUUUACACAAGCUUGAAAGUUUGCCUCGGAUGUACUGAGCUGUUCUGUAUUUCAGAAUGCAGACAUACCUUCUCUCCCAGCAGUUUAACGCUGGGUCUUUGGCAGAAAACUCCACGGCUUGUCCAGCAAAUGCUACUGUUUGCAAUGGCACAUCUUGUGUGUUAGCAGAAGAUAAUUUUAAUGAAACCUUGAGCGUAAUUUUAAGUGCUGUUCUAACAACCAUGCUGGCUUUGGUGAUGUUCUCCAUGGGUUGCAAUGUGGAAGUUAAGAGAUUUUGGGAACACGUAAAAAGACCAUGGGGUAUUUUUGUUGGUUUCCUUUGCCAGUUUGGAAUUAUGCCUCUCACAGCCUUCUUGCUGUCCCUGGCCUUUAACGUGCUUCCUGUUCAAGCUGUCGUGGUGCUGAUCAUGGGAUGCUGCCCAGGAGGUACAGCCUCCAAUAUCAUCGCCUACUGGGUGGAUGGAGACAUGGACCUAAGCAUUAGUAUGACAACUUCCUCCACACUGCUUGCAAUGGGAAUGAUGCCACUUUGUCUCUUUAUUUACACCAAGAUGUGGACUGAUUCUAGUGCAAUUGUACUCCCUUACAACAGCAUUGGAAUUUCACUGGUAGCUCUUGUAAUUCCUGUUUCACUUGGAAUGUAUGUUAACUACAGAUGGCCUAGUAAAGCAAAAAUCAUACUUAAGAUCGGUUCCAUUGUGGGAGCAAUCCUCAUCGUGGUCAUUGCUGUCGUUGGGGGAAUACUCUACAAAGGCUCCUGGGUUAUCUCACCCAAAUUAUGGAUCAUUGGCACCAUAUUUCCAGCAGCUGGUUAUUCUCUGGGAUUCUUUCUGGCCCGCAUUGCUGGUCUGUCUUGGCACAGAUGUCGUACAGUGUCUCUGGAAACAGGCAUGCAAAACACUCAGCUGUGUUCAACUAUAGUACAGCUAUCCUUCACCCCUGAACAACUUGAGCUGAUGUUUACUUUCCCACUCAUCUACAGCAUUUUCCAGCUGGUGUUUGCACUGCUAAUUUUAGCAGGCUACCGUAUUUACAUAAAACGCCGAGUGAAAACAAAGACAGAUGUCGAGAAAACAGGGGAAAAAGAAGAUACAAAAUCAACACCACCACAUUCUAAAAUAAAUGGAGGAUUUGUAUCAAAUGAGACAAUCACCACUGUUCCCACCAGCUGAAAAGAUACGAGAUACAGUUCACUUAAAACUUUUUUUCACAUGUCGUUGCUUUAUGGUUUCUGCCACAACUUUAGAAUCUGGUUUCGAAGAUAACUCCAUAACAAUAUUUAAUGUUUUAUUAUAGCUUAUUUAAAUAAAGGCAGAAUAAAGGUUGGCUAUUGCUAAAAAAGCAAGAAGAUAUUUGCAUUACCAACUCCAGCCCGAUGUCCUGUAAAUCCAUUUGUUAGUCUGUCCCCACAACAAACGAGAAAUCUUGUAAGAGUGCCUGCACAGCAAUAGGAGUUCAUGUGGAAGAGCUGAUAGUGCUGGAGGGCUUUUACUGAACACCAAUUGGAACACGCUAAUAUGAAAUAAAGUUUUAUUUAGGUCAGUCUAGGCAGGCCAAAGUCAUUACACUGUACUAAUUGCUUGAAACAUUAAUUUAUUCUAAAGCUAUAAUUUUAACAAAUGCAAGGCACCUUAUGACUCUAUUUUUUUUUCCAAAGUAAUAGAAAGCAGCAGCUUUGCAUCUUCAGUUCAAGUCGUUCAGGUGCUGAAAGCAUGAUCAGAGAGACAAAGCUGAAGGUAUAAGCCUAGAGCAAUUUUAGUGUUUCAGCGGCAUACAAAGGGGCAGGCAGAGAUUUUGGAAUCAUAAGAAAUUAUCAACUUCUGCAUUGAAAGGGAGGCAUUUGAAAGUGGGACAUAAUUGCACCUGAUUCAUCCAGGACUACUUUCAUCACUAUUGACAUGAGAUAAUAAUGCUUGUAGAGCGUUAUAUUUUCAUUAUUUUAUGAACUUAACAGAUUUGAACUUGCCAGGAGUCUGUGAUCUGUAGACACCGAUGUAGCUGUUAAGUUAUUAACUAUAUGAACCACAGACAGAAAUAAUAGGAUGUAAACAUACAUUAUUUGUCUCUGAAAACUCAAGAGUACUUAUGGAACUCUGUCCUAAAUAUGUGAAGAAAAUGUAUACAAUUCUAAGAGAAACAGUGCAGAAAAUUUUUGCAGGUGUAAUUUUUGGUGAAUACAUUCAGUAAUGUUAGCCCUGUAGCUUUUAUGUAAAGAAUACAUCCAAAGAACUUCAGAUUAAAUGGGUGAGAGUUUAGCUUACUAAAAAAAAUCAAGAAUGAGCCAACCAUCAACACAUGGAAACUAUACACUCUUUGUCAUAUUCAAGUGGACCUUAUGAGGUACUGGGAAUUCAUGCAGCAGGUUUUUUACAAACACAACUGAAAUUCUGGAAUUUAAGUUCCAGACGUGUAGCUUUCCACUGCUGCAGAAAUGUGCCCAGUAUUAAACAGAGAGCAAAUUAUUGCUGUCUACCGUAUGUGGGGUAAAGGGUCUCAAGGUGUUCCCGAGUUCUGGAAGGCUUGAAGCUGCUUUGCUUUCUGAUUCAGACUGGUCAUAGCCUCCAAGGAGGAGUUUAACACUUAACAGGAGUUAGAUAAUAAAGACGCAUGCUAUCUUUUAUAGGAUGCAGAUAAAACAGAAAAAUAUAGUGAAGUCUGUUAAGAAGAAAUCAUGAAUGUGAAAAAGCACAUUCAUCAAGAAAAGGAUAAGCUACUAUUUGAAACAACUGUGGUAAAAAGGCUACUGACUUUAUCUUGCAUCAGCCAAAACAUGGGCAGCAGUAGUUAGGAUUAUGUCUGUCUUACACACCAAGCUGCUACUCUUUCCCCAUGAUAAACUUCAGUGCUUCUGUGCAUAUUUUAGGCAUGUAUUGAAGAAUAAUAGUCUUGCUUAUACUGUGUGUGUGUGUUUGUAUUUAAAGCAACUGUGUAAACACUGAACUGAAUAAAGUCAGAAACUAUUUAUAAUUUUGCCCACUGG